AUGUUGGAACAAACACGGCGGUGGCUGGCCAGGUGUGCCCCGAUAGCCACAGCGGAAAGGCCGGGGGUUACUCACGCAAGUGGUGUGACGACGGCUUCGUCCCGAAGAACCAGGCCCGGAAUGGCCGGGCGCUUGGCAGCGGGCAGCGUGGGUCGUGAACAACGGCGGGGAGUCAACGGCGAGCCGACAACGAUGGUGGCUGGCAAGGUUGGCGUCGAUAGCCACCGAGGAAAGGCCGUGGUUUCUGACUCCCGUGGUGUGCCGACUUUGUCCCAAGGAAACAUGCCCGGGAGGACUGGGGGCUGGGGCAACUGGCUUGAAAGGGCAGCCACUAACCGGCAGGUCAGUAUCGAUUAUGCCAAGAUGAAGCCCUCAGCUGCUCCUUUUAUUGAAAUCUGGGAACAAAUGGAGCCAAAAGUUUUGAAGCAGCAUGAACACCUUUACAAGGAAAUCAGAGCAGGUUUUAUUCGUGCGUUAUCGAUCAUCCGAUUGAAGAAUCCUUCAAGAGGAUCCAAGAGGAAGCAAGAUAGUACUGCGAGAAAGUUAAAUCCACUAUCGGGCACCAUUGAAUGGAUCAAGGUGGAAGACGACCUGCCCAUGACAGAAUCGAUAGCUCCGGUUUUGUUCGUCAGGGGUGAACCAAUGCAAGCGAGCCGUGACUGUGUCCUCCGAUGGAAUCAGUGGAUUAUUCCAGUGGCACAAGACGUGAAGACUGCGUUCAAGCUGCUUGUGGAGUCGUUUACGGUGUUCAACGUUUCACCAGCGCCAACGGAUAAACAGUUCUUUCUGUUUAUGAACGGAGCGGUUUGCAAGACUGAAACAUUGAGCACUACGGGAGCAAAAUUCUUGCAUUCGCUCGACUAA